AUGGCUACUAAUCAACAAACAUUUAUUCCUCAGAAGCAAGACACACAACCUGGCAAAGAACAUGUUAUGAAUCCAACACCCCAAUUCACUAGCCCUGAUUACAUACCAGCAAAUAAGCUUCAAGGAAAGAUAGCAUUAGUGACUGGGGGUGACUCUGGAAUAGGACGAGCAGUAUGCAAUUUAUUUGCAUUAGAGGGUGCCACUGUGGUUUUCACAUUUGUGAAGGGGCAUGAGGAGAAGGACGCAAAGGACACACUUGCUAUAAUAAAAAGGGCAAAGUCUGCAGAUGCUAAAAAUCCACUGGCUAUACCAGCUGACCUUGGUUUUGAUGAGGAUUGCAAAAGAGUGGUUGAUGAGGUCAUCAAAGCUUAUGGAAGAAUUGACAUUCUUGUCAACAAUGCAGCUGAGCAGUAUGAGUGUGGUUCAGUUGAAGAGAUUGAUGAACCAAGACUUGAGAGGGUGUUUAGAACUAACAUCUUCUCCUAUUUCUUCCUGACAAGGCAUGCCCUGAAGCAUAUGAGGGAAGGAAGUAGCAUUAUUAACACAACAUCAGUGAAUGCAUACAAGGGGCACCCAACAUUAAUUGACUAUACGUCUACUAAGGGUGCAAUUGUGGCCUUUACAAGGGCACUUUCACUACAGCUUGUGAGCAAGGGAAUAAGAGUGAAUGGGGUUGCACCUGGGCCUAUUUGGACUCCAUUAAUACCAGCUUCUUUCAAGGAAGAAAAAACUGCUGAGUUUGGUUCUGAUGUGCCAAUGAAGAGAGCUGGGCAGCCUAUUGAGGUUGCUCCUUCCUUUGUGUUUCUUGCUUCCAACCAGUGCUCCUCUUACAUAACUGGCCAAGUCCUCCACCCUAAUGGUGGAACCGUUGUGAAUGCAUAG